AUGGAAAUUCUGAGCAUACGGCAUGUUGCACACUCACAUCGGGGGGUCUGGUCUGACCUUCGUCAUUAUCUCGGACGGCUGGGGUCCUGGUCAAAGGCUGUGCAAGUUUUGAUUCUCGGUGCAGUGACAUUUCCCCAGUGGAUCGAAAAUGCCCAAGUCGAAAUCAUUGGAACCAAUGGGCCAGCUGACUUGCCGAACAAGCUUCACUUAACUGAUCUCGGUGGCGUCGUGAGACGCAUGGUUCCCACAGAUCAAAUGGUAGUGGUUGAACAGCUGAGUCAAGCGCUUUCAGAAGCAAAUGCGGUUGUCCAAGUCGAGGACAGAUUUCGGGAUGAAUAUGCGCAAAUCAGACCUCGUCCGCACGCAGAGUUACUUAUUCUCGAGCACUUCUAUCGCAAUAGACUCGACUUCGUCACGGAUGAUAGAUACAUCGGCUGUAGCAAGCCUUCAUGCUACUGCUGCCAUAUCUAUAUGCAAUGCCACCCAGGUCGAUUCGCUCCUCGGCCCUGUCAUGGGAAUCUGUGGAUCAACUGGGCCCCUCCAUAUCCUCUUCCGCUUCCUGACCGUCGUGCUACCGGGCAAACAGCCCGACCACAGGAGCACCAUACCUUCAAGAUGCUACAGGACAUGCUUAUCUGCAUCCGUCGAGACUUACAGGAACAAAUAUUGUCUAGACGACCCAAGAGAGCAAAGCUACCAGAUUCAACCACUGGAAUGUCCAGCGUCGUGCUUGAUGUGGACGCACUUCUAGGCUCCGCUCGAAAUACCAGUCAGUCACAUGACGACCACGAUUACGAGAGUCCAAAUGAUCAUGGGGUAUCAGUGUCGGUGUCGAGCGAUUCUGAGAGACAGAAUGCAGGGAAUGGCAUAUCCCAGGAAGUCACAGCAACAAAUGAGCCCGAGCCAAGCAACAAACAGGACAAAAAGAGGCUUCCUGGGGAGCAAUAUGAGCACUUUACGGAUAGCGAUGACUCAGGAAUCUUACUGUUCCGGGGAAGAAAGAAGCAUAUUUCGUCAAAGGUUGGCUCAGAUAUCUAA